AUGGGGAAGUUUAUGCAUGACAAUCGACUGCUUUCACAGAGCGAAGUAAAUAGACGUCACUAUAGUCUUGCGGCAGUUGCUGUCAGUUUGGGACUAGGAGUUGCCGGGUUAUGCAAGGCAUUGCAUAGUGGUUUGUCCAUACCAUGGGUUUCUCCAAGGAAUUUUUUUUUGGGGUCAGGGAGAGUAUACUAUGUUGGAGGUUUGCGAAAUCUUGGCAACAAUUGCUUUCUUAAUGUCAUCCUCCAGGCACUUGCCAGCUGUGAUGGUUUUAUUUCCUUUCUAGAUAAUUUGCUUGCAACUGAUGGUUUGCUACCUGAAGAAAAGGCUGUAAGAAUGCCUCUUCUUCUUGCUCUAAGUUCUCUCUUGGAAGACUUAAGCAUAGUUCGAGAUGAAAGAACUGUGUUGAAUCCACAUGGAGUAAUGCAUGCUUUGAAUUUCUAUGUUAGUCACUUCAAUUUGACCAGACAGCAGGAUGCUUCAGAAGCUUUUCUCCAUCUUCUGAUCUCAUUGAGGGAUGAAUUUUCCCAUUGUUAUGUACCACAUAGGAGUUCUCUGGCAGACAUCACCCUUUCUCACUCCAAAGUAUACAAGCAAAGGGAAGGUAACCUGCCUGAAUGCAAGCGCUGGAAACAAAAUCUAUUUGGCCCCUUUGAUGGGACAAUUGGCAGCAUAUUGUCUUGCAGAAACUGUUCAUCUGUGCUUUCAUUGGACUUCGAGAAUUUCCACUGCUUGCCUCUUUCGCCAGUGCUUAAUGCAAAUGGAGAUAUUACCAGUGGGUGUAGCUUGAUGGAUUGCCUAAAGUACUUCACUGUGGUGGAGCAUCUUGACAAUUAUCGUUGUGAUCGGUGUUGGCACAUCAUUGCUUCCAAAUAUCUGUCUCUUAAAUCAGAAGUUGAUGAGGAAAAGGUUAGCAAGCUUCACACCUGUGUCGACUAUGGCACUUGCAGUUGCAGGGAUAUGUUCCCCCUGGAGGAAAUGCCAUGUUCAUCAUCUUCACGAGCAACAAAGCAGUUGAUUAUCAGUCAGUGCCCGAAGAUUUUAUGCAUCCAUUUGUUACGUGCUUCAGUCGGUCUUGAUGGUGAGCCCAUCAAACAUCAGGGACAUAUUUCUUUCCCUUUACUUCUCAAUCUAUCCCCAUUUGUGGGAGGUGCAUUGAGCGCUGGACCUUUAGCAACGAAUGUGCAAAGAGAUGGGCAACAAGCUCUCCAUCUAUAUCGACAACUGAAUAUGCAGAUGAGCUUAAAUGUCUUACCUACUGGAGGGUACUUAUCAAGUCAGCCAUGUAAGGAAGAAGCAACAAACAAUAGUGGCCGUUCAAUUCACGUGGCAAAUGUUGAUGUGUCUAGUAGUUCAUCAUCAUCAUCACCGCAACCAUCAAUGAGCAAGUUAUAUGGUCUCUCGGCCGUCGUUGAGCACUAUGGGAAAUGUGGAGGAGGGCAUUAUGCAGUUUACAGGAGAGUUGCAUCGAAUCCUGACCCUGAUGAUCCAGGGAAACCUCUUGCAGGCCUUGGCAGGCGGUGGUUUUACAUCUCGGAUGGCAACGUAUCAGAAGUUUCAGAGGAGGAUGUUUUGUGUGUGGAGGCCACGCUGCUUUUCUAUGAAAGAUUGUAG